AUGUCUUUAAUUAAGAAAUUAUCCAUCGUAUUAGCUGCUGUCGCUGCUCAUGCCGUUGCUGACGGUAUUUCUGAAUGGGAAUAUCUUGAAUUUGAAGCUAUCUUAGCUGAUGUAGAGGCCAAUUUAGAAGACUACAUUUCUUUAGCAGUCAAUGAUGCUUCUUUCACAAUUCCAGAUGGUGUCUUAGAGGUCUAUGAACAAAUGACUACUUACACUGAUGAUUCUUACACCACUUUAUUCUCUCAAAUCAACUUCGCUCAAGUUACCACAGUUAUGAACCAAUUACCAUGGUACUCUUCCAGAAUUGCUCCAAUCAUGUCUUCUUACGUUGCAUCUUAUGAAAAGGCCAACGAUGUCACUGAAGUUCCAGGCGAAUUCGCUACCUCCGGUGCUGCUGCUGCUUCUUCUGCCGCUGCUUCUUCCUCUUCUGCCGCUGCUUCUUCCUCUUCUGCCGCUGCUUCUUCCUCUUCUGCUGCUGCUUCUUCUUCUUCUGCUGCUGCCGCUUCUUCUUCUUCUGCCGCUGCUUCCUCUUCUGCUGCUGCUUCCUCUUCUGCUGCUGCUUCCUCUUCUGCCGCCGCUUCCUCUUCUGCCGCUGCUUCCUCUUCUGCCGCUGCUUCAUCAUCUUCUAAAUCUUCCUCUUCUGCUUCCUCUUCUGCCGCUGCCUCCUCUUCCUCUCCUGCUUCCUCUACUGGUGCUGGUGUUGCUUUAACUGCUGGUAUGGGUACUUUCUUCGCAGGUGUCGCUGCCUUACUAUUAUAA